GGUAAAAAUAGGCAUAUCGUCUAAGUUUAAGCCACGUAGAACCUUAGAAGUUUCUGGAGACAAAGCUGACCCUAAAAAACUCUGUUGCGUGAAAUUUAAUCAAGUUGAAUCGCUGCGGAUUAAGGCACGGAUAUAGCUCGAUCGAUUUUGCUGCAGGGUGAAGAAUGAGGGGUAGAAGUUACAGCUACAGCCCUUCACCACCAAGGUACCAUAGCAGAAGGAAUCGAAGCCCUAGCCCAAAGCGUCAUGCUAGAGAUCUUCCUACUAGCCUAUUGGUUCGCAACCUUCGCCUUGAUUGUAGACCAGAAGAUCUUCGUGUGCCAUUUGGAGAGUUUGGCCCUCUGAAAGACGUUUACUUGCCACGCGACUACUAUACAGGAGAGCCACGUGGAUUUGGUUUUGUUCAAUUUCUUGACCCAGAAGAUGCUGCAGAAGCCAAAUAUCAAAUGGAUGGUCAGAUUCUUCUUGGUAGGGAGCUGACAGUUGUGUUUGCUGAAGAAAAUAGGAAGAAGCCUUCAGACAUGAGAGCAAGAGAACGUUUUAGGGGACGAUCUUAUGAUCGUAGAGUGUCUUCUUCUUCUUCUUUCAACCGUUAUUCUCGUUCCCCGCCACGUGGCAGAUCAUAUCACCAUUCUCCUCCUAGACGCCGUCAUCAUUACUCAAGGUCAAUCUCACGAGACCGAAGCUACAGGGACAGAUACAGGUCUUAUUCAAGGUCUCCAUAUGGUUCCAGGAGUCCCGAAGGUUAUUAGUUGACAAUUAACAGAGUCUUAAUUUCUGGAUUAACAAAUUCCGUUAUGGAAUCUGGAUGUUGAUUUUGCGUGAACAACUUGAUAUAAUAUAUGCAUCUAGAUAUUUACUUGUUUCAAA